AUGACCUUGGCAGAGAAGGCGUCCGAGGACCCUCAUUUGCGAGACUUGAUGAAACGUGUGGCGGCUGGUGAAGCGAAGCCUGAUGAGUUAAGCAAUUUCCAGAAGAUCAUUGAUCAGAUCACGGCAGAGUACAAGAGAAAAGGCGGACAGCAAGGCCCUUCAGCGGACAGGCUGUUGGUCGAUGGGCGGACAGUCAAGUAUUUUGCUGACGAGGUGCGAACUAUUUUGGACAUUGUGCUCGCCACCAAUCCACGGCAAAAGUCGAGUGAGCUGCUUCCUCCUCGCGGGAGCGACCCUCUGGUUGUUGCACUGGUGAGGACGGCGCUUGAUGACGCCAAGGUGCGGGCCAUGAUUCGAAGGAUUGCCGAAGGCCAGCCGGGGUUUACAGACGCGACCGACCUCAAGGCAGCCCUUGAUAGGCUGCACAAAGACCUUAGGGGCGGGCAAACCACCCCUCAGCCUCAGACUCCGACGCCGCAAACUCCUGUAAACGGCGUUCCGAAUGGCCACGGCACCAAACCACCGGCACCAGCGCCUGCUGCUUCCCCAGCUCCAGCUACUGCACCGGCAACCACGCCGCAACUUCAGCACCCCCCUCAGCAGGCUUUACGGUCAAAGGGUCCUCCGCCACCUGCGAGACCUGACAUUUCAGGCGUCUGCCUCGACUUUACGGGCGGGAAUGGCGAUCGAUACCUGUUCCCAAAGUAUAGCAUCCUGGAGUAUCUUCCUGGCGGACAGCAAGUCAUUGCGUCCUUCCUCAUUGUUCGCAAGGGCAGUCAGCUGGAAUAUGGCGGUGACGCGAAGCUCGACUAUUAUCAGCCAGUCACCAUCCGGAUAUACGCCCAUUCUGGUCGCCACCUCGAGUACCUCCAGAGGGUUGUGGCACCCCCUGAUGAGGUCAGGAGGUAUAUGGACGACGUAAUGGACAACAUGACUAGGGCUGAGUACGUGCUCCUCGCCAUGCGUCUCCCCCGAGGCGAGCGAGAACCCGACGGCGAGCAAAAUGGCAAAGAAGCCACUGGCGCAGGCACGCAAAUCGGUAAACCCGAACCCUCGGUGCCUGAACAUCCUGCUCCCAAGCAGCAGUCCGUGUUGUGGGGUCCGAUGACAUCCAAGUUUGUCCAAAAAUUCAACAAGCAGUGGUUUGAAGAGUGGAAGAAAAGCGAAAAAGCCAGCGACAAGAGGGCCCAUGACAUCUUCCGGGAGGCCUGUGAGGCCGUUGGUCGUGACCCCAUGGACAAGGAUAUAGAAUACGAGAAGAUGAUUGAGCUUUUGGCAGCUAAAGACGCCGAGUCAUCAUCUUAG